AUGGAAUGCCUCAUCUGCUUCAACAAGUAUGACAUCUACAGGGUGCCAAAGCUCCUGGACUGCCAACAUGCCUUCUGUGCUGUCUGCCUCAAGCUGAUCCUCAGGAAAACAGAGAACACCUGGACCAUCACCUGCCCCCUGUGCAGAAAACCCACUUUCGUGUCAGGGGGACUCAUCCGUACGCUCCAGAAUAAAGAGGACAUCCUGGAGCACUUGGAACACCUGGAUUUAAACCCUGAGCCAAACGUCUUUGUCCUAGGGCUGGACAGCAGUAGCUGGGUUCAGAGCAGCCAGGACACUUUAUCCACAGAGGAAAAUGCUGCAGCAGGACACAGCUUGGCUGUGCAGAGACUCGUGCUGCUCCUGCUGCUCCUGGUGAUCCUGGCUCUCCUCAUCCUCCCCUUCAUGUACUCUGGGAGGGUGAAAUGGGUCAUUUGUCUCCUGCUUUCGCUGGGGUUGGUCAUGUCUAUGGUGCUUUGCUGUGCUCCUAAAUUCCACUGGAGGUGCAGGAGGGACUCAGCCACCUCCUGUGACAAGGAGACUCAUGUUGUUACUAUUGCCUGA